AUGGAGAUGCAUGACGACAUGGUUAGGACAUUGGGUAUGUUUUGGUACAUACCAAAGUUGAAGAAGAAUCUCAUCUCCCUCGAUACUUUUGACAAGAAUGGCUCUUCCUACAAGGCUAAGGGAGGGAAGCUCAUAAUCUCAAAGGGUUCAUUUGUGGUUAUGAAGGGAGAGAUUCAACUUAACUGCCUACAUCGACUAUGUGGUACAACAAUGUCUGGUAGAGCAGCUAUAUCUACCAAGAAGGACUCAAAGAUCUAUUUCAUGAAGGAGAAAUCCAAGGUCUUCACCAAAUUCAAAGAAUGGAAGGCGGAAGUAGGGAACCUUACGGGAAGGAAGAUCAAGAUCCUAAGAAGUGACAAUGGAGAAGAAUAUAAAGAUAGCAAAUUUCUGGAGUUUUGCAAGAGUGAAGGUGUCAAGAGACAUUUUACCUUGAAGAAGACGCCCCAACAAAAUGGAUCCACGAAGAGGAUGAAUAUAACUCUCAUGGAGCGUGAGAGUGCCUAUGCUCUCAUCCCUAGUGAUGAGAAAACCAAGUUGAAACCAAAGUCUCUUGAGUACAUAUUCCUCGGCUUUGAGAGUGGUGUGAAAGGUUUCAAGUUAUGGGAUCCAGUGAAUCGGAAUAAAAUACUCAAUAAAGACUUUGUGUUUGAUGAAAAGACCAUGCCUAUGAUCAAAGUCAAGAAACUAGAGGUGAAUGAGGAUGUUGUUGGAAUAAAGACAACCAUUACAAUUUCACCAAGUAGGGUGUUCGGGAAUACUCAAAGUAUGCAGCCAAUUGAAGAGGUUCAUGAGGUGGUGGACUCUGAUAUUGAGGUGGAAGAAUUUGGGCAACAACAAACUCAAGAUGAAGAAGAAGAAAAACCUCAAGAUCAGGUGGAGCCGCCAUUUAUAGCUAGUGGUGAAGCAUUCUUCUAUACGGUUAUUGCUCUUUAUAAUGGCACAAUGGGCCAUGGAAGUAGAGCAAAUGGAUGUGAAAUCGGCGUUUCUCCAUGGAGAGUGAGAGGAAGACAUUUACACGAGUCAACCUCAAGGGUUCAUUGGAGCGAGUAA